ACUUCGAUUUUAUUGACUCGUAUCAGGCCAUCCAGUGGCUGAUGUGCGGUCAGAGGCUACAGUGACAGUUCUGGUUUAUGAAUGAGUAAAUCUGACAACACCACAUACUUCACAUAAGGGGAGGGCUCACGUGGCUUAUGUUGAAACUCUAUAGGAGACCUGAUGCAAAAUGUUUCACGUGAAAAUAAACAUAAUUAAGAAGGAGAUUGUGUUUCUAUCCAGCUCUGUAUGUUGGAGUAAAGUGGAUUUACUAAAAGACACGAACCCUGAGCCACACUCCAGCUGUAGCUUUUCUCUCCUGUGGGUCGUUUCUGUCUCUAUAUUAUUGAUUCCCAGAGGCUGAGGCUGCUGCUGCUGCUGUUGUCCAAUAGGCUCCUGAGACAGUUUUUUCAAAGGGAUGGGAGCAGAUGAAGUGAUGAGAUUCGUGUAACUUUUGGAUGACCCCUUCUUGACAAAGACAGUGUCCAUCAAUUGUCCCCAGUCAUUAUGCGCUGCUUUUAUGCCAAAGGGCUUUUUGUAUCUUUUGUUGGUUUCUCUGUUCAACACCAUGCCUUCAAGUUAGACUUUAGAAACAGGAUACAUUUUCAUAUCUGUUUGGAUAAAAGAACCUUAUGCAACAUUAUAGGUUUGCUUAUAUGAAAUAUGUAUAUACAUUUAAAGUUAAAAAAUUGAAGUAAACCAUGUGUAUUUUUUCUUUGUACUUCUCCAUCUUGACUUUUAGUUUUUCCAAAUGUGCACGCAGCUGUUUCACAGCGAUAUUAGUGUUUAUUUUCCAUCAGGCUCUAAUUCUGGUACAUCUUAAGUUAGAUAAAAUUGCUCUUAGUUGUAUGUUUACUCGUGUAUGGACCAGCGUCACCUCUAUUGGCCGAUCUGGUCACAUGGUUCGCUAACUUUAUUCAGUUGACACCAAGUAGGAGGGCUUUAUGGAGGGAGGAAAAAAAGACAACUCGAGAAAAAUUAGUAUUUUCUACCUUCAGAAAUUAAUGGCCAUGAGUUCGUAUAUGGUGAACUCUAAGUAUGUGGAUCCGAAAUUUCCUCCCUGCGAGGAAUAUUCACAAAAUAACUAUAUACCUGAGCAGGGCUCGGACUACUACAGUCCAUCGCAGGACACAGACUUUCAGCAUCCAGGGAUCUACCCACGGCCAAACUACACGGAGCAGCCCUACAGCUGCAACACUGUGCAGGACUCCACAGUGCAGCCACGGGGUCAUGUGCAGGAGAGAUCCAGCAGCCACUCGAGCCCUUUUAGCGCACAGACUGAGCAGGGGCCCCCGGUCCAAGUGGCCGGACCCCGGACUUGUGGACAGCAGCAAAACACAAAGAGCCAAAAUGGGAUACAAGCCAAGCAGCCUGCAGUAGUUUACCCCUGGAUGAAGAAAGUCCACGUAACUACUGUGAACCCAGAUUACACAGGAUCUGAGCCCAAACGGUCCAGAACAGCUUACACCCGGCAGCAAGUUUUGGAGCUUGAAAAGGAGUUUCAUUUUAACAGGUAUCUGACCAGGCGGCGGCGGAUUGAGAUUGCCCACACUCUUUGUCUCUCCGAAAGGCAGAUCAAAAUCUGGUUUCAGAACAGACGGAUGAAAUGGAAGAAAGAUCACAAACUGCCCAACACCAAGGGCAGAUCUGCACCAGCCUCCAGCCAUCUGCAAAAUAUUCAGAAGGAUAACCAGACUGAUAUCACAGCAUUAUAAGAGAGUGAGAGAGAGAGAGGGGGGGGGGGGUGUCAUAUCUUUAGAAAUGAACUGUACAUAAAAAAGACAAAGAUUGCAUCUGACUUUUGCAUGGACUGAUGUCGUUUUUAGCCAUCUUUUUUUUUUUUAAAUAAUUUAACAAAAAUGACCCCAGCAGUGUUGACUCAAGACUGAGUCAGAAAAUCAAUCAGUCUUUAUAACUGAGCUUGGCAAGUUGAGCCUCUUUCUUGUUUUAAUUUCCUCAGAGAUACAAAUACAUCGAAUUUUUAUUUUAUUUUUAUUUUUUAUUUCUAUUUUAUUUUUUAAUUUUUUUAAUUAUUUUUUUUUAUUUUUGGACGUUUCACUCCUGAGGACAUUUACUGGGCACCCUCGGCUGAUUUCAUGGAUUUAAACAAUGUGUCUCUGCCCCUUCUCAGAUGGAUUCACGCUGGUUUAAAGAUAAUUCAAAACAGGGAAGCCUUUCGUUAAAAUUACUCACACACACACAAAGGUUAUUUCAGUUCGUCUCCUGUUGAAACUUCACAUUAAACGCACAAUAAAUAUAUAUAUAUAAAUAUAUAUAUAUAUAGCCUAUAUGUACUUGAAGCAAACAUUAUCUGCAUUGAGGCACGUCAAACACAACUCAAACCUACUUUCGUUAAUUAAAAAAAAUCCCGCUGAAUAUUUCAGUUACACGUUUCUCUGUGACUUGUAUGUUUUUAACUUAUUUUGUACAAUAAAGCUUUGAAAUUUU